AUGACUAAGUACAAGCUGAACAACACCGUCCGUUCCUCAUCCGAAGUGACUCUCACCUCGUACAUGGGCAGUACGGACAGCGAGAGGAAGGACGACAGGUAUUACCAGAUGGACUCCAGGGAUAACGACGACCAGUCGGAGUCAACUAGAAACUGUCACAACUGCCCCGACUCCUGCGAGUUUCUCCAGGAGCCUGUGAAGAUUGCUGCGUCGCUGGAGAAGAGAUACGAUAAAUACAGCUUGAAUGAGCUCAAAGUGGAGAAUGUGGGGAAUGCGUGUCUUUGUGAGAAGUACAAUGGGGGUUGUAAGCUAUGCCCUAGACCGAGCCUGGCUCCAACGUUGAGCCUCAGCAUAGACGGCCAUUUGAAGGAUUCCUGCCACGAUUGUCAAGGCGCUUGCAGCUCCCCUAAUCCCAUUGGCAAUGGCCCUUACCCGCAUUACCUCUCCACGCCCAAAAAGAGUACGUGGAAGAGGGAAGCGGUCCGGCGCCUCAAGGCCUGCUGCUCUAAGAAAACUCUUCUGCGUAGGAUACCCAUCCUUGCCUGGCUACCGCACUACACAUUCAGAAACGGAUUAGCGGAUAUUAUUGCAGGUAUAACAGUAGGACUGACGGUGAUACCGCAGGCCAUAGCCUACGCGGGAGUCGCAGGCCUACCUCCACAGUACGGGCUGUACUCCUCGUUCAUGGCCUGUUUUGUGUACACUGUGUUCGGGUCAGUCAAGGAUUCGGCCAUCGGGCCCACGGCCAUCGCCGCCAUCUUGACGAGGGAGAACCUACACGGCCUCGGCCCCGAGUUCGCGGUGCUGCUCGCCUUUCUGUCUGGAUGUGUGGAGCUCGUCAUGGGUAUACUUCAGUUAGGUUUUCUGAUCGACUUCAUCAGCGGACCGGUGUCGGUGGGAUUCACGUCGGCCGCCGCCAUCAUCAUCGCUACGACUCAAGUCAAAGAUAUCCUGGGGCUCAGCUUCCCCGGCGGAAAGUUCUUACAGGUGUGGACCGGUAUGUACGAGCAUAUAGGCGAGACCAGACUGUGGGACACCGUGCUGGGCGUAUCAUGCAUCGUGGUGCUGUUGCUUCUCAGGAAAGUAAAAGACAUAAAGAUCGGCACGAAGGACGUGUCUGAGGGCGAGAGCAAGGCGUCGCGGAUGAAGGUGGCGCUGUCGCAGGCGCUGUGGUUCCUCUCCACCACCAGGAACAUCAUCGUGGUGCUGGUGUGCGCCUCGCUCGCCUACUACUUCGACACGCAGAACCAACAACCGUUUGUUCUAACUGGGGAGGUGAAGGCGGGCCUGCCACAAAUAUCGCCGCCUCCGUUCUCCGCCACGGUGGGGAACCACACGUACAGCUUCACGGAGAUGGCGUCCACCCUCGGGUCCGCCAUCUUCGUGGUGCCGCUGCUCUCUAUACUUGAGAACAUUGCACUCGCUAAAGUGUUCUCGGAGGGCAAGUACGUGGACGCGACGCAGGAGAUGGUGGCGCUGGGCGUGUGCAACAUCGCGUCGUCGCUGGUGGAGUCCAUGCCGGUGUCGGGCGCGCUGUCGCGCGGCGCCGUCAACCACGCGUCCGGCGUGGCGUCGCCCGCCGGCGGGCUGUACACCGGCGCGCUGGUGCUGCUCGCGCUGCAGUAUUUUACGCCGUACUUCUUCUACAUUCCGAAAGCAUCGCUAGCAGCAGUGAUCAUAGCAGCCGUUGUCUUCAUGAUGGAACUGCACGUAUUUAAGCCUAUUUGGCGAACGAAAAAGGUGGACAUAAUCCCCGCAGUGGUGACGUUCGGCGCGUGCCUGGUGACGCGGCUGGAGCUCGGCAUCGUGCUUGGCAUCGCCGUCAACCUGCUGUUCCUGCUCUACGCGUCCGCCCGACCCGCAGUGCGCGUCACCACCGCCGUCUCGGAGGGCGGCGUGCGCUACGCCGUGGCCACCAUCGACCGCGCGCUGGCCUUCCCCGCGGCGGAGUUCGUGCGGCGCGCGCUGCGCAAGGCGGCCGGCGACGCGCCGCUCGUGCUGGACGCGCACCACGUGCAGGCCGCCGACUUCACCGCCGCCAAGGGCAUCAAGUCCCUGAUCGAGGAUUUCCACGCGCGCGGGCAGACGAUCAUCUUCUACAACGUGAAGCCGUCCAUCGCGGAGGUGUUCCGGGGGGUGAAGCCGCGCGAGUUCGUGCACUGCUCGUGCCGCGCAGAACUCGAGCGACUACUACUCGAGGCGCAGAGGCGAGCGAAGGGGGCAGCUUGAAUGUUCGUGAUGUGUACGAGAUCUCCAAUCAGCACAAAGAAUUAAAGUGUAAAAAUUGUAGUCAAAAAUAUUUUUUAUAUCGGCCAAGUUACUAAAUUAUGUAAUUGAUAUCGGAAGCUAAGAUUAGCGCGUCCUCUGUGAAACAGUGGGCGGUCUAGCUAUAUAUAUGUAUAUAAUAAUAUAUAUACUGUGUAUUUAUGUGCUAUCGUAAGGUAAAUAAGAUAAUAAAUUGUGCAUGAUCGCGGGCGUGUUUAUUAGCAGUAUUAGAGUCUAAUGAAUUGUUUAAAAAAUAAAUGUUCUCAGAAUGUUGA